AUGAGGAACCGCGGCGUCGGCCUGGAGUCGAAGAAGGAACUUGGGGUUUUUAGUCAGGAAGAGACUGACACUGACAACCUGGGCGAGAGAAGUCAUUUGAUGAUUUCCCCUCCAUCAAAAAACUCCGUUGGUGUGGUGUUGCAGUUGUCCAUAGGCGAUGCCGAUUGCUUAUUGCCUAGCUAUUACUUACAAAUGACAUACGGAACAUGUCCGUUCAUAAACUGCGGACAGUUGUCUCCACGGUCUUCUGAGAGCCUGGUAAUUGAGACGUCUGAACAGAUAACCAUCACCAGUAGAGUUAAGGAGUCACAACCAGUUAUUACGGGUACUGUUAUAAAUCUCUUUUUUAUAAAGGUUUCGCUUUUUCCAAUUUUACCUCCACAGGAUAUAACUUUCUUUAAAUGA